GCAACAUUUUCAUAGCUUCCCACUUAACAUUUCUCUAUACAUACAUCACUGAAAUAACUAAGUAGUUGUUAUUACUAUUCACCAAAACAUGGCUUCAUUCUCUGUUGUGUUGUGUGUGUUAGGGUUAGUGAUUGUGGGUCAUGUGGCUUAUGCCCAAGACUCACAACAAGACUACCUUGAUGCUCACGACGCAGCAAGAUCUGAGGUUGGUGUUCCAAACUUGUCUUGGGAUGACACCGUUGCAGCCUAUGCACAAAACUACGCUGAUCAGCGUAAAGGCGAUUGCCAAUUGGUUCAUUCCGGUGGCCAAUAUGGGGAGAACCUUGCAUGGAGCAGCGGUGACCUUUCCGGCACGGCUGCCGUGCAAUUGUGGGUGGACGAAAAGCAAUACUAUGACUACGAUUCCAACAGCUGUGCGAGUGGCAAAGUCUGCGGCCACUACACACAGGUGGUUUGGCGCAACUCGCUAAGACUUGGUUGCGCCAAAGUAACUUGCGAUAAUAAUGCGGGCACUUUUAUUAUUUGCAGUUAUGAUCCUGCUGGUAACAUCGUUGGCGAAAAGCCUUACUAACACAAAUGAUGAUAUUAUUGUUAUGUCGUCUAUUUAAACUUUGAAUUAAUAUAAUACUGAUGCCAGUAUGAGUUCUUAAUUGUUAUUGAUUAAGAAGGUGGAUUUAGCAGUAAUAAGGCAAUAAUAAAAUCAUGAAUUUAUGUGUCAAGGCUAGUUAUAUUAUCAAUUCAUCAUGUACUACUCUUGUAGUGAUAUUCUUCCAUGUAAUAUGUUGGUAAAUCAGGUCAUAGCUCGCAUAAUUUUUACUCAUGAAAAUUGUAUGUGGUGUGUGUAAUGUUAAUUAUAAGUUAAAUAUACAUAUAUUCCGUCGUUUCUAUUUUUA